UCGUGUGCGGCAAAGAUGUACGCUGCUGCUGUUUCUCGCAUUUUCCCGUGAAUAAAUAAAUAGAAUCUGGAGAAUCUCCCACGCUCCUCCUCUGCUCGCUUCUAGAUUUUCGCCUUUCGCAUUUCGCUGAUUUUUCCGGGCCAUGGGUCUGCGGGAAACGUUCCGUUUACGGCCGGAUAGCCCCGGUCGGGACAAGUGCAGCAUUGAGAUGCGCCAUCGCAGUCCAAAGGGUGGCUGCCAGCAUAACCAGGUGGCCGCUGUUCAGGUCACCGAGCAAUCCCUCCAGGUAUGGCGUGCUUUGCCCGCCGAAAUAAGACAUGAUCCCAGCAUGGCCAGCUUUCAAAUGGAGAAUGAGAGGAUUCAUGGCUCCUCCGCUGGAGCGAGUGAUGAUGACGAUGACGAGGAGGACUAUGAUGGCUACAAUGAGGUGGACAAGAAAAACAAUGGUGGCCUGCAGGAUGAACCCGGUUCUAGCUACGCGGGCUCUGAUUUCUUGGACAUUAAGCAUCGGCCAGGUGAUGAAAAUGUCACCGAUGACGAGGCCACCACCCAUUCCGACCAUGAUCCAGCCAAUGGUCCUAGCAAUGCCAAAACUCAGGCCAGACGGCUCCAUCACAAAUCGAAGCGUUCCAAAGAGCAGCGUCAACGGGACAAGCUCUGGAAGCGAGGAGGUCUGCUUAUCUUCUGGCUGCUGGCCGCCGUGGUGCUCAUCUCGGUGGGUGAAAAGCAUCUGUUGGAGAAAACCAUUGAUGUGCCGCAGGGCGAGCAGGGAAAAUUUUUCAAGCUGCUGCAAAAACCCACUGGCGAUUUUCGUCUGAAGAUCCAUGGAGCUUUCAGGGGGCUCUCCACGCUGGAUGCCGCUGAAAAUGAGACCGAGAGCUUCGGAUUUCUGACUGUGCAGCCGCAGGUAUCGGCUUACUUGGGCGAGAAUCGCAGCAAGGUAUUUCAGGACAUUCUCCCAGCUUGGCGCUUGCCUCUGCUGUCUGAAGAGGAGCUGGAACGUGCUCCGGCAGUGGCCAGUAAUCGCACUUACCUGAUGACCGAGGAGCUGAGUGAUAAACUAGCCGACAAGGACAGCGAGUUCCGUUUGCAUAUUUACAGUGAUGUGGAGACGGAUUUGGCCAUUAUCCUCAACUAUAAUCCUUUGAUAGUGAAUGCCAGGACUGGCAGCAUCCUAGCUGGCCUGAUUCUGCUGAUUUUCUAUGCCCUGCUGGUGUGGGAGCUCUUCGAGAGACCCUUUGUGGCCAUGAUCUGCUCGAUUCUUUCAGUGACUGCAUUAGCCUGCUUUAAUGAUCGUCCCAAUAUGGAUGAGAUUAUCCAGUGGAUGGACAUGGAGCUGCUUACCCUGCUCUUCUGCAUGAUGCUGAUCAUUCUGAUAUUGACCGAGACCGGUGUCUUUGAUUACCUGGCCGUGUUUUGCUUCGAGAUCUCCGGCGGAAAGAUCUGGCCCAUGAUAUAUAGUCUCUGUUUGGUCACCUGCCUGGUUUCCAGUGUUCUGGAUAACAUGACCACUGUGCUCCUGCUCACCCCAGUGGCUAUCAGGCUGUGCGAGGUAAUGCAGUUAGAUCCGCUGCCCGUGGUUAUGGGCAUUAUAGUGCAUGCCAAUAUCGGAGGAGCUCUGACACCCAUUGGGGAUCCCAUAAGCAUCAUAGUCAGCACCAAUCAUUUUAUUGUGGAGAGUGACGUCACCUUCCUCACCUUUGUGGCCCACACCUUCCCAGGCGUCCUCCUGGCUGUUAUCCAGAGCUGUGCCUACCUGCGCCUCUUCUACCACAAUAUAGAUGCUUUGCGCCUCAACGAGCCCAAGGAGAUGAGUGAGCUGAGGCGGGAGAUCAAGGUGUGGCAGCGGGCCCUCAAUGCGGUGGCCUCCUGCUCUAAGGAUGCCCAGCUGGUCCGAGGCACACUUCAGGGAAAGAUCAAGGCUUUAAAGAGGAACCUCCGGCGUUUGCAGAAGGGUGUGGGCUCCUCUGAGGUCUACACCCAUACCCUGGAUGAGCUGAAGCAGAAGUAUCCCAUCAAGAACAAGACACUGCUUUUCCAGUCUGCCGGAGCCCUCAUCUUUGUCAUCGUCUGCUUCUUCAUCCAGUCCGUGCCGCACUGGAGAACCUUGCCACUGGGUUGGGUGGCCCUGCUGGGCGUGAUCUUGCUGCUGAUCAUCCUAAAUCGCGACGACAUGGAGCACUUGAUGCACCGCAUUGAAUGGACCACGCUGCUCUUCUUCGCUGCCAUGUUCGUGAUGAUGGAGUGCGUGGAGCGUCUGGGCAUCUUCGCCUGCAUUGGCGAGCUCACCGAGCACGUGAUCCUCUCGGUUAGCUUGGACCACCGCCUGGCCAUGGCCAUCUUUAUGAUCUUGUGGAUGUCGGCCUUGGCCUCGUCCAUUUUGGAUAGCAUUCCAGUGACGGCCAUGAUGGUGAAGCUGGUUACCUCUCUGGUAGCAAAACCAUCGCUGGGCUUGCCCCUGCAGCCACUGAUUUGGGCCCUCACCCUGGGAGCCUCGAUGGGUGGCAACGGAACGCUGUAUGGAGCAUCGGCCAAUGUAAUUGCAGCUGGUAUAGCGGAGCAGCAUGGUUACAAGCUCUCUUUCACCCGAUAUCUGCGCACUGGGUUCCCCAUGAUGAUGGGACAGAUCACCUUGAUGACGGUCUACCUGCUGGUGGCCCACAUUGUCUUUGAGUGGCAUUGAGAUGCUCUACCUUCGGUAUUUUACCUAAUAAUAUGUUUAUAAAGUAUCUAUAAAUUAUAUUUAUAUUAUGUGUAUAUUAUCACCUCAAGUUUGUUGUUGUUUUGACCUUUUACAUUCGACUCUUGGUGUGUGUUUUCUAUAUAAAAUAAAUACAUAUAAUGAUAUACAAGAGCUAAGGAAAAA